AUGGCUAUCCUGCGUCACCUCCUCUUCCCUCUGGUGCUCAACGCAGCCAGCCUCUCCGCAUCCCCCCUCGCCCCCCUAUUUUCAAACAGCAGCAGCAGCAGCAACAACAGCGGCAUCUCUUCCUUGCCUGCCCCAUCCUCCUCCGUUCAAACCCCCUUGUCGUCUAUCCAGGAGCCCGACUGGUCUUCCAUCCUCCCCAGCCAGCAGCUCGACUACCACGACUGCUACGAUGGAAAGUUCCAGUGCGCCCGCCUGCUGGUCCCCCUGGACUGGAAGACGGCGGGGGACAACCGCACCAUCGCCAUCGCCAUGGUGAAGCUGCCUGCCGCCGUGCCAGACGACGACCCGACCUUUGGAGGCAGCGUCUUUGUCAACCCCGGCGGCCCCGGCGCGUCCGGAAUCAACCACCUCGUCAAGAACGGCGCCACCCUGCAGAGGGUCCUCGUCGACAAGCCCGGCGUCCGCCACUACGAGCUCGUCUCGUUCGAUCCCCGGGGCAUCGGCAGGACGAACCCGGUCGACUGCUUCGGCCACAACGACUUUGCCCGUGCCGCCUGGAUCCUGCAGGACCACGCCAAGGGCUCCCUCACCUCGGGCGAAGGCGCCAUCAUCAACGGCCUGAGCCUCGCCAAGGCCCUCUCCAUGCGCUGCGAGCGGGAAGCCGGCGAGGCCCUGGCGUACGUCAACACGCCCAGCGUCGCCCGCGACAUGGUCGAAAUGGUCGACAAGAUUGCCGAGCUGCGGAAGCGCAAGGCUGCUGCUGCUCCUCCUGCUCCCAAGGCCGAGGAUGCCAACAACAACAACAAGAACAAGAAGCCGCGACAUGGCGCGGAGGAGGACGACGAUCCCACGCCGAGGCUGCAGUACAUUGGCUUCUCGUACGGCACCGUCCUGGGCAACACGUUUGCGUCCAUGUUCCCCGGCCGCGUCGGCAGGAUGGUCCUCGACGGCGUUGCAGACGCGACGGACUACUUUGAAGGCGACGGCUGGAUGACCAACCUCCAAGACACAGACGCCAUCUUUGAAGAGUUCUGGGACGGCUGCUUCCGGUCCGAAAACGCCCUCUGCCCGUUCCGCGAAACAGACAAGGACGCGAAAAGAGCCCGCAAGCGCUUCUGGUCCUGGGUCGAGGCGCUCGACGAGUCGCCCGCGCCCAUCUACCGCCCCAACGGCGCCCUCAUGCGCCUCACCGGCGAGCAGGUCCUCCGCGUCGUCGGCAGCGCCCUGUACAGGCCGCGGCAGCAGUUCCAGCCGCUCGCCCUCGCCCUCUUCCACGGCAUGCAGGGCAACCUCACCCGCGUCGCCAGCUGGGCCGACUCGGGCAUCCCCAAGGUGGCAGACGCCUGCCAUGCGGCGGCCGCGGCCAAGAAUCAUCAUAACGGCGCGUCUGGCCUGUCGCUGCUGCCGGAUCCCAAGGACGAGGGCGGAUUCGCCGUGCUCUGCAGCGACGGCGAGGACGUGACGGACCGCAACACCAAGUUCUGGAGAAAGUACGCCAAGAAGCAAGGCAAGAAGUCGGACGUCUUUGGCGUCUUCUGGGCCUCCAUCCGCAUGACGUGCUCUUCCUGGCCCGUCCGCCCCAGCUGGUCCUUCCGGGGCCCCUUUUCCACGCCCAGGCACAGCGCCCGGCCGCUCUUCAGCGGGAAGCCCGCCGCGCCGCUGCUCUUCCUCAGCAGCCGCUUCGAUCCCGUCACGCCGCUCAAGGCCGCGCGCUCCAUGGCCAAGGAGCAUCCCGGCUCGGCUGUCGUCGUUCAGGAGUCGCUUGGGCACAGCGCCUGGGGCAGUGCCCCCAGCCGGUGCACGUGGAAGAUUGUGUCGGAUUACUUGCAUAGUGGCGUCGUCCCUAAGAAAGACACUGUCUGCCGAGCAGACUGCGGGCCGUGGGACCACGUCUGUGAUGCUGCUCUGGGGAAGAGGGAGGAGGAGGAAGAUGGCGUGAAGGAGUGGGAGGCCAUGAACCUGGGUGAAGAGCCGCAGGUGAGGCGCUUUCCAUUGGGGUUGGAGUAG